AUGCCGGGUCCCCUACUCCUCACCUCCGAAGUUCACGUUCCGACGCAGACCGCGUGGCUCGCACCGCCGUCGUCGGCGCUGAUUCUUGACCACCGCAAGGCCGAUAUCGUGGCCUCGCGCCAUUGGCAGACAUGCCGGGGCGCGUCACCGACGCUGACCUACUCGAUGCAAUUCGAUGCCAUUGGCUGCCGCCACAUUGUCCUCGGUGUCUCGGGUCAGUGCUGCUCGCGCCUCGCCGACGUCGUUGGCAUCGACUUUGACGUGCGCACGGGCGCUGUGCUCUGGACUUCAGAGCGCAACGUUCACUACGAGACCGACGCGGCGUACACGUACGAGUGGGGUGCGUCUGACGCGCACAUCGUCACGGUCGAGCAUGAUGUGUCGGCGCACGAACUCCGCUUCUUCAUGAACGGCAUGUCCAUGGGCAUUGUGCUUCGGGACGUGCCCGAGUCGUGUACGUACCCAGCCAUGGCGCUCCGAGGCGCACUGCAGCCCAACGCGACCACGAUCGUGCGGCUAGUCGAAAACCCGCCCAACAAUUCCCAAGUCGUCGACCUCAGCUCCGCGGUGCCCACCAAGGCGGCGGCCCAGUGGCAACCAACAAGUCCGACGGCAACAACCCAGUUGACUGUCGCCGCCACCAAGCAGUGGCAAGCCUUCCGCAGUGCCACGCCGUCGACCGACUACACGGUUGAGUUUCAGUCGCUUGGCUGCCGCUACCUCGUACUCGGGUUGAGCGCCGAGCCGUGCGCACGCCAGAGCGAUGUCAUCGGUGUUCAAUUCGACAUUCGCACCGGCGCCGUGCUCAGGUCGUCCGAGCAGUUGGUCGAUUUUGCGUCCGACGCCGCGUACUCGGUCGAGUGGCAAGCUAACGACGAGCUCGUCGUCCACGUCCAGCUAAAUGCAAAGACGCGCGCCUUGAGCUACUUUGUCAACGGCCGUGCGAUUGGCGUGACCCUUCGCAAUAUGCCUGCCGCAUGCGUGUACCCAGCCGUCGCGCUUCGAGGCGCGGCCCUCGACGCGUCCGUGACCGAGCUCACGCUGCGAUAA